ACAAUGUCUCAAUCAUUAGCACCACCGAGAUUCAUCAUCAUCGUCAUCUUCAACUCGGUCUUCUUCUUCUCCUCCGUCUCAAGAUUCGAAAAAAAUCUCAUUUUUGAAAGGAAAGUGUACGACUUUGACUUGGCUUCGACGAAGGGUUUUGUCUGAAUCAUACCGGGGGGGUGGGGGGGGGCUUUUGAUACUUGAAGCAAGAACAUACAAAUGGGUUGUGCUGGAUCGACACAGUCGCAAGCAGAAGGGCCAGUGAAGAAAAUUAGGAAGCCAAAACCGUGGAAGCAUACUCAACCGAUCACUAAAGCUGAGCUUGUGAAAAUGAGAGAAGAGUUUUGGGACACUGCUCCUCACUAUGGCGGUACAAAAGAGAUAUGGGACGCACUUCGAGCUGCUGCUGAAGCUGACAUAUCUCUUGCGCAAACAAUCGUGGAUAGCGCAGGAGUCAUUGUUCAGAACAAUGAUCUCACUACCUGCUAUGACGAGAGAGGUGCUAAGUAUGACCUACCUAAGUAUGUUCUAAGCGAGCCUACCAACUUGGUGGAAGAGAGUUGAUUAAGGAUCAAUACCAUUUCGAAAAGACCAAAAGAAAGUGAGAAGCCAAAGCAAAAAAAAAAAAAAUGUAAAUCUUGUGUGUAAGUAGUUUACAUUAGGAUCCUCUGCUUUUGUCUAUUUAACACUUUGAAAAACAUUCCCACCUGUCUCUCUCUGACAUGUACCUAAGAACUCAGAUUGUUACUGAAACUCUAAAGACAGCCUUUUGGGGUUUCAUCUUGA